CUCUUUCUCCAUUUCUUUAAGCAAAGCUCACGAAGGAAAACAAGUAACCAACUGCCUCCUUUAUUUUUCUUUCUAUUAAACUCAAAAUUACUCACUUUCUCUCCACUGCCACCAGCCCUCCUUCGUUUCCCCUUCCCUUAACCAAAACAGAAGAAAAAUCGCUCUUUUAAGGGAAAAAAAGGAGCUUUUUAUUUUCCAUUUCAGGCCGAGACCUCCAUUUUUCAGCCAUUGGGAGUCGGGUAAUGGCGAGGGAGAAGGAAUUGGGAAGAAAGGUUAUUUUUCUUCUAUUUUUCGCUCAUUUUAUUUUGAGUAAUGAAGCUUUGGAGAUGGAACGGAGACACAGUACUGCUGAACGAAUAUCAGGGAGUGCUGGUGAUGUGCUUGAAGACAACCCUGUUGGAAGAUUGAAGGUUUUUGUUUAUGAUCUACCAAGCAAAUACAACAAGAAGCUAGUUGAGAAGGAUCCACGAUGCCUAAAUCACAUGUUCGCCGCUGAAAUUUUCAUGCACCGCUUCCUAAUAUCUAGUCCGGUUCGAACUCUAGAUCCUGAGGAAGCUGAUUGGUUCUAUACACCAGUUUAUGCUACCUGCGACUUAACUCCGAAUGGUCUUCCCUUGCCAUUUAAAUCCCCAAGAAUGGUGAGAAGUGCCAUUCAGCUGAUCUCAUCGAGGUGGCCUUACUGGAACAGAACAGAAGGAGCCGAUCACUUUUUCGUCGUUCCUCAUGAUUUUGGUGCAUGUUUCCAUUACCAGCUCGCUAAGAAGCUCGUGUUGGACUCUCCCUUUUUGGAAGAAGCAAAGGCCAUAGAACGAGGAAUUCUUCCCUUGCUUCGACGAGCCACUUUAGUUCAGACUUUUGGACAAAUGAAUCAUGUAUGUUUGAAGGAGGGAUCCAUCACUAUUCCCCCAUAUGCUCCUCCACAGAAGAUGCAAGCUCACUUGGUUCCUCCUGAAACUCCUCGUUCCAUUUUUGUUUACUUCCGUGGCUUAUUUUAUGAUGAUAGUAAUGAUCCUCAAGGUGGAUACUACGCAAGAGGUGCCCGGGCUUCAGUUUGGGAGAACUUCAAGAACAAUCCUCUCUUUGACAUAUCCUCGCAGCAUCCAAUCACUUACUAUGAAGACAUGCAAAGGUCUGUCUUCUGCUUGUGCCCUCUUGGUUGGGCUCCAUGGAGCCCAAGAUUGGUGGAGGCAGUGGUGUUUGGCUGCAUUCCGGUGAUCAUAGCCGACGAAAUAGUGCUCCCCUUCGCCGAUGCGAUACCGUGGGAAGAAAUAGGUGUUUUUGUAGCAGAGGAAGAUGUUCAGAAACUAGAUACUAUUCUCACUUCAAUACCUCUUGAAGUCAUACUGAGGAAGCAAAGGUUGCUUGCAAAUCCUUCAAUGAAGCAAGCAAUGUUAUUUCCUCAGCCAGCUCAAGCAGGUGAUGCCUUCCACCAGAUAUUGAAUGGACUUGCAAGGAAGCUUCCACAUGAUGAGAAUGUGUACAUGAGAGAUGGAGAGAAGCUGUUGAACUGGACUGCUGGCCCUUCUGGCGACCUGAAACCUUGGUAGUGGAAGUCACUUACUUUUGCUGAAGCGGCUUCUUCAGUUUUAAGUGUACAUUUUUGCUCUUCAGUGAAUUUGUUUGACAAUCUAUGUCUCUCUCUCUCUCUACAUUGUUACUGCUAUCUACAAUUCAGUACAUAAUUGCCAUCUUAUGUUUAUAACUUUUGUUAUUGCUAUUUGUUUGAUGUAAGCUGUGGUUGAGAAUAAAACAUUGCAUAUGCGUUGUUUUA